CCUGCUAUCUAAUUUAUUAGAUUAUACAAUUACUCAAGGUUUUUUAUUUAUUUCAAGAGAAGGCAGGAAAUAUACAGAAAUGAGUGGAAUAAUCCCCGAGAUGGAACAAAUCAUUAGCCAGCUGGAACGUGGGACAAUAGUCACAAUCUUCUUUAAAAAAUUGGAAAAGAAGACUCUUAUGAUACGGCGAGAAACUAGGCAAAUAUUUUGGUCACAAAGUGGAACAUUUAAACAGUUUGAUGGUACCGUUGAGAUAAGGGAUAUUAAAGAAAUCCGCGUUGGAAGCAAUGCUAAGGACUUUGAGAAAUUGUCAGAAGAUGCAAGAAGAAAAGAAAAUCUUAAAUGCCUCAAUAUUUACUAUGGUUCGGAGUUUCGACUAAAAACUCUUGCUAUUAUGGCUUUAAGUGAAAAGGAAUGUGAAUUGUGGGUGAAAGGAUUAAAGCAUUUGGUACAGGAUACUAUAAAUGCACCUUAUCCUUUGCAAGUGGAAAGAUGGCUCAGAAGGGAGUUUUAUGCUAUGGAGAAUUCUCGAGAAAUGGUUACAUUGAAGGAUGUAAAAGCAUUUUUGCCGAGAGUGAAUUGUAAAAUCGCAACGAAUAAGCUCAGGGAGUUUUUUCAAGACGUAGAUACAAAAAACAGGUCUGAGUUAGGGUUUGAUGACUUUGUUACCCUUUACCAUAAACUUAUGUUUGAUGACCAAAACACCACUGAUUGGAGUAAAUUAUUAAGAUAUUCUAAAACGGAGAAAAAUAUAUCUUUACGUGAGUUUCAAAAUUUUCUAAUUGUGGAACAGCAAGAUGCCCUCGGAAGUAAUUCAAGCAACACGUCACUUUUCAUUCGAGAAUAUUUACAAGAUACUCAAAGAGAUGUAGAGAAUCCUUACUUAACUUUUGAUGAAUUCAUUACGUUUCUGUUCUCAAAGCAAAAUGAUAUAUGGAAUAGCAACUACGACAAAGUUUCUCAAGAUAUGACCAGACCCAUGUCGCAUUAUUGGAUCGCUUCUUCACAUAAUACGUAUUUGAUGGGCGAUCAAAUUAGUAGUAUAAGCAGUUGUCAAGCGUACGUCAGAGCGCUAAAAGCUGGUUGUCGAUGUAUAGAAUUGGAUUGUUGGGACGGACCUGAUGGGAUGCCUUUCAUUUUCCAUGGACAUACAUUAACGUCGAAAAUAAAGUUUAUGGACGUUAUUAAAACAAUUAAAGAGUAUGCAUUUGCAACGUCAGAAUAUCCUGUCAUUCUUUCUAUAGAAGAUAAUUGUACUUUACCUCAACAAAGGAAAAUGGCAGUUGCCAUGCAAGAAGUGUUCGGUGACAUGUUACUGGUUCAGCCCGUUGAUAAAAAUGAAAGUUAUCUGCCAUCACCGUACGCAUUGCGUAAAAAGAUUUUGAUAAAGCACAAGAAACUUCCAGACGGAGUAGAUGAAGAUUCUUUUAUCAUAAGAAACGAUGAUAGCAAGCAAGAAAUGGAUCUGAGAAAUAGCAUUAAAAAUGGCAUUCUUUAUUUAGAAGAUCCUGUCGACAGGGAAUGGAAUCCGCACUUCUUCGUUUUGACUCAGCAGAAGUUAUUUUAUACCGCUACAUUUUCGAAGUCUCAAGAAUCGGAAGUGGAAGAUGAAGAGAAUGGAUCAAUUCGAAGACCUAAUGAUGGUAUACCAAACGAUGAACUUCAUUUUGGAGAGAUGUGGUUUCAUGGAAAAUUAGCAAAAGGUCGAGAAGAAGCUGAGGAUUUAUUAAGACAAUAUUCACAUCUUGGAGAUGGUACUUUUUUAGUAAGACAAUGCGUGACAUUUGUUGGUGAUUACUGUCUCUCAUUCUGGAGAAAAAGCAAAGUGAAUCACUGUCGGAUAAAAUUGAAGCAAGAAAUGGGACAGACGCAAUAUUACCUCAUUGAUACAAAUUGCUUCGACAGUUUGUACAGUCUCAUCACACACUAUCGUAGUCACCCGCUAAGAAGUCAAGAAUUUGUAAUAACAUUACAAGAACCAGUGCCUCAGCCAAGUAAACACGAAGAAAAAGAAUGGUGGCAUGCUGAUUGUUCACGAACUAUGGCCGAAGAAAUGCUUAAACGUGUCCCUACGGAUGGAGCAUUUUUAGUAAGACCUAGCGAAAAGGAAUCUAAUUCAUAUGCAAUUUCAUUUAGGGCCGACAAGCAAAUCAAACACUGCAGGAUAAUAGUAGAAGGACGAUUAUACACCAUUGGAACCGUACAAUUUGAAAGUUUGGUCGAAUUAGUUUGUUAUUAUGAGCGUCAUCCACUAUACAAAAAAAUAAAGUUGUGUUACCCUAUCAACAAGGAAAAUGCUAUGAGGAGAGGAACGGAGAUUGACGAUGGUUCUGUGUGCGGCAUUCCAGGUUAUAUGGAUCCAACAACAUUUGUUUCAAAAGUCACUGUAAAAGCUCUGUACGAUUACAAAGCAAGAAGUGACAGUGAACUAUCAUUUGUCAAACAUGCUAUAAUAACGAAUGUGAAUCGACAAAGUGGUGUUUGGUGGAGAGGUGACUAUGGAGGCAAAAAACAACAUUGGUUUCCUGCCAGUUAUGUUCAGGAAAUAGAACUACGUGAAACUAAAUGUGAUUCGUCUGAUUCAAUGAUGCUGGGAAAUCUGCAGAAAGGUUCAUUAGACAUAAUGGGAGCUGUCGUUGAACUAGCUGUGGGAGAAAAGCCUGGCUUGGAGUGGAUUCUAAGAAUACAAAAUUCCAGUAUGUGUUCAGUUUUUGAGGCUGCUGCUCCUUCAAAAGAGACUGUUUUAGAAUGGAUAACAAAAAUCCAAGAAACCGCUCAAAAUGCAAGCCUUAGGAAAAAUCAGCACAAGCAAAUGGAACGAGCAUGGAGGAUAGCAAAGGAACUCUCUAAUUUGAUAGUUUACUGUCGUUCAGUGGCUUUUAAUAUUGACAGAAUUAGAACGAAGGGCUUUGUCUUUAGUGAAAUGAGCAGUUUUCCUGAAACGAAAGCUGAAAAACUUAUUUGUCAACAAGAAAUCAAGUUCUUCAUGAAGUACCAUCAGGUACAAUUCAGUAGAGUCUACCCAAAAGGUUCUCGAUUCGAUUCUUCAAACUACAAUCCUGUUCCAAUGUGGAAUUCUGGUUCGCAAUUGGUGGCGUUAAAUUACCAAACUGGCGAUAAACCAAUGCAAUUGAAUCAUGCAAAAUUCCGAGAAAAUGGCAAUUGCGGUUAUCUUUUAAAACCGGAUUUUAUGUUCAAAGAUGAUUUUAAUCCAUACGAAAAAAGUAACUUGUCUCAAGAAGAAGCUAUUAAAAUUAGUAUAAAAAUUAUUGGUGCAAGACACUUAAGCAAACCAAGACGUGGCACAUUGAGUCCGUUUGUAGAAGUUGAAAUUAUUGGUGCGGAAUUUGAUACUGGAACGAAGCUGACAACGAAAACUGUUAUUGACAACGGGUUUAAUCCAAUAUGGAACGAGUCGUGCGAAUUCGAAGUUGCGAAUGCACACUUCGCAUUAUUGAGGUUUGUUGUUCAAGACGAAGACAUGUUCGGAGAUAGUAAUUUCAUAGGCCAAGCUACAUAUUCAGUCAAAUGCCUAAGAACAGGAUACAGGAGUGUGCCAUUAAAAAAUAAUUACAGCGAGGAUCUAGAACUUGCUUCAAUCUUAAUUCACCUUGACAUUGAAAGUUCUACCGUAUGUUCGCAACCGAAAGACCUACAAACGAAUUCUAACGACAUAUAUAAUUCAUUAGUGGAAGGAAAUAUAGACGUUCCUGCAAGAAUUAAUACUUAGUGAUAAUCAUAUCUUAAUGCAUUAUAUGUAUCACUUACGCUUCGAAAAUAGCAAACAAUUUAUUUUAAUUUAAUUUAUUUUGUAAUACUACUUUUUCCAUAUAACUACUUAUUUCAUACAUUUCAUUUGUAUAACGCAAACAAAUUCAACCUUAUUUAUACACUGUUUGUGUGUAAUUUACAAGGUCAAAUAUUUUAAAUAAAUAAAGUUGGAAGUUAUGACAAUAAAUACGAAAAUUGGUUUCA